UAUGGCUUCAAGAGAUCUGGAGCUCCUGAUCCCCGUUCCAACCAUCUCUGAAAAUGGAUGCUCCAAAUCCUCUUCACCUUCCUCCUCUCCUGACGUUAUCUCCAACCAACAUCACCCCAGCAAUGAGGCAUUUUCUAAAGUGAUUCGCAGUUGGGCCUCCAAGAAGUUUAUGACAGGAUGUGUGAUCCUGCUUCCCAUGGCUAUAACAUUUUAUGUCACGUGGGGAUUUAUUCGCUUUGUUGAUGGUUUCUUCUCCCCUAUAUAUAAUCAUCUAGGGAUCAAUAUUUUUGGUCUCGGAUUUGUUACUUCCAUCACUUUCAUCUUCUUAGUUGGAAUAUUCAUGUCAUCUUGGUUAGGAGCUUCUGUUCUCACCCUUGGCGAAUGGUUCAUCAAGAAAAUGCCUCUUGUAAGCUACAUAUAUGCUGCCUCCAAGCAAAUAAGUGCUGCAAUAUCACCGGAUCAAAACUCUAACGCUUUCAAGGAAGUGGCCCUGGUUAGGCAUCCUCGUGUUGGUGAGUAUGCCUUAGGGUUCAUCACUUCUACAAUUAUCCUACGGAGGAACAGAGAUGAAGAAGAGCUUUAUUGUGUUUAUGUUCCCACCAAUCACUUGUACCUUGGAGACAUUUUUCUCGUUAGCCCAAAUGAUAUUUUGAGACCUAAUCUAUCUGUUCGAGAAGGGAUAGAAAUUGUUAUAUCUGGUGGCAUGUCAGUACCUCAAUUAUUGACUACAGUGGAUGCUCCUGUUAAACUAGCCUCAAGAAGACCAAACUUUGCUGCAUCACCAGUAUAA